UUGAGAUUUGACAGAUUUUUGGUGCAUCGGGUGCAAAUUCUAGCAAUUCGCAAGAGAAAACGCUAGAAUAUAGUGCAAAAAGUUAUAAAUGUUUCACUAAAACUACAAGGAUCUCACUAUUUAUAAGAUAAUUUAGUUAGUAAACAAUGAUAACGCUUAAUAGGAAGCUAAAGAAGGAGCAUACAGAGCCACCGAAUGGAAUCACAGUGGAACCUGUUAAAAGAAUAUCAGUUAGGGAUAAGUUGCUAGUGAAAGAAGUUCAAGAGAUGAACGAGAACUUACCAGUGACGUGUUCUGUGAACUUUGAGGAUCCUAACCUGUUAAGCGAGUUUGUUUUGACGGUAGCGCCCGACGAAGGUUACUGGUCGGGUGGCAAAUUCAAAUUUAGCGUAUUUGUGACCGAAGAUUAUAAUAUGGCGCCUCCAAAAGUAAAAUGUCUAACUAGGCUCUGGCACCCCAACAUCAAUGUGGACGGAGACAUCUGCUUGUCACUGCUGAGACAAACCUCUAUAGAUGAACACGGCUGGGCGCCCACACGGAGACUUAAGGAUGUAGUGUGGGGAUUGAAUUCAUUAUUUACGGAUCUAUUAAACUUUGACGACCCGUUAAACAUAGAAGCUGCUGAGAUGUACAAACAGAACAAGGUGGAGUUCCAGGCUAAAGUGCAGGAGUACAUUGCUGCCUCCAAGGCGAAGAGAUGAGGAAGGUUCCUGCGCAAGUGCUUCAACAACAACCUGUAGUGAUAGAGACUAUGUUUCAGUGGUUGAUAUUUGGAUGAACCAGAACUAAACCAAAAAAGACAAGAUCCACUGCAAACCAUCAAACCAAGCCAAGCUAGUAGUCCCAUGUGUAUAUGUUACUGUGACCUUAGUACUAAAAUUGGUAACCCUGCAAGAGAUGAAAUAGAUAGUAUAGUAACUAGCCAGAAUCUGGCCUAUUUGGUCUUUUACUAUCUGGGCACUAUAGCUGGAUAGUAAGCUUAAUAUAUUAUACCACAGGAUAUUGGAUAUUCAAAAAAUAUCAUAAUAAUCUUUCUAUUUAUUUUAAAUAAUUUACUAAACCACCAUAUUUUCAAAACGUUUAUAAGAAAAACUCUCUCUAACUUAACUGCUCUGCAUUGAGAGGUAAAAAAAACAAUAAAAUAAUACAUUUUUAGCAUUGAGUCCUAACAACUGUCACUAUACUCCAUCCAAGACAAAAAGUUAGCACAGUACACUCUGUUACAUAAUUCCACACAAAUAACAGAGCCAAAAAUCUCAAUGGGUGUUUGACCAUUUUGAGUCACCAGCCAGUCCAAAUGAAACUUGUUUUCGAAAAAAAAAAAUGUUUCUAAAAACAUGAAACAUCUAUUGAGAUUUUUGACUGCCAUUGGUAUGGAAUUAUGUUACAGAAAGAAUAUAACUUCUUUCCAUGGAUAGAACGAACUAUAACUAUAGUUAGGUCUUUUAUUUGUUAUAGGCAAGCACUUGACCACAAUCACACCUGAUGGAAAGUGAUGAUGUAGGCAUAUUUCUAUUAGCCUUAUGCCCAGGUUCCAGUCCAUCAUGGUUUGGUUUAGUUUUGGUUCAGUCAAAAUGACACGAGUAACAACAUAUUAUAGGCAUAGUGUAAUGAAUACUCCAAUUCCCGUGAUAAAAUUACCUAAUAUAAAUUAAUAUUAUUCACCACAAAUCCAUUUAAGACACAGAAUUCUAAGGUAAUAGAAAUGGGAUCUGAUGUUCUUUGGGAUGUGUCACUAUUUUAGGUACUUACACAUACAUAAAUAAUAAUACGCUAUUCAUCAUCAUCAUCAACCGAUUGUCGAUGAUGAUCAUGAGUAGCUGUGUGGGGGGAGGGGGGGGGGGGGGGUCUGCCAAUGCAGCGCCCUCUAUUCUAGCACCUAUCGGUUUUUCAAACUAUGUUCUACUGCCACUUCAGCUUCGCGACCUGUUGAGCUAUGUUGGUUACGCUGGUUCUCAUACGGAUCCUAAGAAUACACAUAUCUCUAGCGACCAAUACUAUGUUAUUUUAACUAAAACGUUUUAAAAAAUAAUAUAAGUAGAAGUUUAUUUCAAGUAACAUGUUUUUCUCUAAACUAAAUUUAGAGUAUCUAAAUCUUAUUCUUUUUAUUGUUGCUAAAAAGAAACGUAACAGGAAUUUUAAAUUAAAGACAAAAUUUUAUCGCUACUCUACCAAUUGAAAUAAUACUUACGAUUGGCGCGUAAC